CAGAGCUGUCAUUAAAAGAAACGAGCCUGCCUUCUUGUAUCCAAACACAAGAUAGGGUGAGAUUGAUUCAGCAAAACCCAGAGUCCUGUGAGUUAGCACAACCGGCUCCCGCGGAUGGCUGGCUGCGCGAGCUGGAGAAACCUCAUAGCACCUUGCACCAGGCCAUUCCUCCGUUUAGUCCCUAUGGUUUGCUGUUGGUUUGGUUUUCUGUUACAGGUUCAUCGUGUAUCCAAAGUCCAGACGUGGACAGGGUCUCUGUGCGGGGAUUGCAUUCCGAUCCGCUCCUGACCUUGCACGUCGCACAGCUGCUGGCACACAAGAAACAAAGGACCCUUGAAAUAACUUCCUCAUGGAGGCAUGAGCAAAGGAGCGCCCAGAAGCAAAGCUGGGCAGAAGGCAGGUGGGCAGAGACACAAGCAGCAGUGGAGCACAGAAGUAGGAGCGGGCAGAGUCCUAAGCUGAAGAUCCUAUAGAUAGGCUCAGGCUCUGCCAACCUGUCAGUCCAGCCAUACAAGAGAGAGGGAGAGAGACAGAGGGAAAAGAAAGGAGGGAGUGAAGCAGAGAUUCUUUCAGGUCUCAGCAGACGUUAAGAUUUCCAAUCAACAAAGAAAACAAAUAGCCCCUGGGACCGCAAGUGUGUUCUGUAAACUGAUGCCACAAGGCAGGUAUGAGAAAGAUGACUGAACAGAGUGGCCGCUAUAGGCCUGUAAACAUACAGGGAAAUAAGAUCAGUUACCAAGGCACUUGUCAAGAAAGCCCUGAGAUGGGGAUGAAAAGAUUGCAGAAUCGAUUUCUCCACAAGGAUGGCAGCUGCAAUGUGUACUUCAAACACAUCUUUGGGGAAUGGGAGAGCUAUGUAGUGGACAUAUUUACCACACUGGUGGACAUCAAGUGGCGCCAUAUGUUUGUGAUAUUCUCGUUGUCGUAUAUUCUUUCAUGGCUGUUCUUCGGACUAGUCUUCUGGCUGAUAGCAAUCCAACACGGAGAUUUAUUCAAUGAUGAAGAAAUAACCCCCUGUGUGGCAAAUGUCCACAGCUUCACAGGAGCGUUCCUAUUCUCCCUCGAAACCCAAACGACCAUCGGUUAUGGUUACCGCUGUGUUACAGAAGAGUGCUCUCUUGCAAUCCUCAUGGUUAUCCUACAGUCAGUAUUAAGCUGCAUUAUUGACACCUUCAUAAUCGGAGCAGCCUUGGCUAAAAUGGCCACAGCUCGAAAACGAGCUCAAACCAUUCGUUUCAGCUACUAUGCUGUAGUUGGCUUAAGGGAUGAUAAAUUCUGCCUCAUGUGGCGCAUCGGUGAUUUCCGGCCGAAUCACAUGGUUGAGGGCUCGGUACGAGCUCAGCUCCUGCGCUACAAGGAAGACAAGGAGGGGAGAAUGACAAUGGAAUACAAGGACUUGAAGUUGCUAAACGACCAGAUCAUACUUGUUACACCAGUGACAGUCGUGCAUGAAAUUGAUAGCGAGAGCCCCUUGUAUGGUCUAGACCGGAAAGCUCUGGCCAAGGACAACUUUGAAAUCUUGGUCACGUUUGUCUACACAGGUGAUUCAACAGGAACUUCACAUCAGUCGAGAAGCUCAUAUGUCCCCAGAGAGAUUCUCUGGGGCCACAGGUUUAAUGAUGUCUUACACGUAAAGAAAAAAUACUAUAAGGUGGAUUGCUUACAGUUUGAAGAAACCACAGAAGUUUAUGCUCCUCACUGCAGUGCCAUGCAACUGGAUCGGAAGGAGCAAGAAUGGAACCGAACCGAGAAGACACGGGAAAAAGAAGCAGAGACGUCGGCACUGGAGAUCAAGUCAUUUAGUACUAACCAAAAGUCAUUUAGUGCCAUUGCUCUCAUCACUAGUUGUGAAGAUCCAGAAGACCCAUUGACAGCUGUCAAUCAGCCUUCUGGAGAAAUUUCUUAUCGGAAAGCAGCUGUGACCUUAAGUAGGCUAUCAAUAGAGUCCCAAAUCUAGCUUGUUACUGCAAUUAAAAUCACUUCCAAGUUGUCAUAGCAUAGCUUUUAGAAUAUAAACAAUGAACUCAUAUGCACAAGUAUUUAUAUUAUAAACCUCACUGACAGCCUGCCCACAUUGUAAUACACUGCUGAGCUGCUAGAAGGAGCUUCUUACUGGUUAGUGUGGAUAUCAGUAACAGAUUAGUGUUGGCACAGGAAAAUAGCAUACAUUUGGGUUGACUAGACAGCUACCGGACUUGAGCAAACUUACUGUAAACUUUAUUACCCUGCCGGGACCGGUGUUGGACAUACCCAGAGAUAACAAUCUAGGCAGGGAACAAAACCAGUGUGCCCUCUAGGGCAGGCUUUUCAAAGCUGCCUAACGGAUUGGGAAGCCAGUCCCUCUAGGAGGCUCUGAAACUCCCCCACCAUCAUGUCAAAAACCCUGCACCUCCCCGGCAGUUCAGAGAACCCCCAUCCCGGGGUUACGCUGGCGAAUCUGUGGGGCUGUUGGUUGUAGGAGGGAGUGAACUGGUAAGAAUCACUGAACCCAGUAUUACUGGGUAGCUUUGGAAGCCUGCUUACACCCUGCCUAGUCCUGCGGGAUCCACGGUGGGAUCCUGGGGAGCUUUUCUCAUUUCCUAGUGGUGAGCCAUUCCCAGAACUGCCACUCCCUCAGCAGCUUGAGGUCUGCGGUGGGUCAGCUGGCUGGGGGCUGCGCGCAGGUUGUGUUACGUGGCUCUGACCGGCUGGGAGGGCUGGGGCUGGCCAAACUGGCUCCUUCGCGUGGCUCGGAAAUCAAAAGGAGACCUCCAGUUUGAAAUCGAAAUCCACAAAAUCACGUUGAGCCUCACAGAGAAGAUCGUGUUUUUAGAACGAGCUGUGCAAUAUUUUAAAUCGAAACGUCUUUCAUUUCAGAAUGUCAGCCUUGCUUUUCUUGUUAGUGCAUUAUACUUCUUCAAAAAGACAAAAAUCAAUGUGAGGACCAAACAGUGUGAUUUUGGCAAAAUUAAAUUAUUUUUAUUCAUCUGAAAUGACUGUGUAAAAAUGAUCCUGCACAGAGAAAUUCAACAUACUCAGCUAUCAGCUCGAUUUGGAAAAAAAAACCAAAGUGUUAAUGUUUUGAAGUUGUCUGUGACAUGGAAGUUCCGUGCUCUGCACAUCUCUGUAAUUAUUCAGUAAGCAAUAUCUCAUCAUGCUUUUUUCCCCUGAUGAUUACGGUUAAUUUGCAUUGUGUUUAAUUAUCAUGCUAACGUAAAAAUAAUUAUGUCUGAAUUUGUGGUUGCCUAAAAUGGGAUUUAUCUCACCUGACCUCAGCCAUCAAGAAAAUAAGUGUUUGCCUACUAGUCGAGGCUCUCUGUGGUUACUAGAACUCUUCUUCUGUCUUCACAGAGGAGCUCCUCCCAUCUGACUCCGGCUUUUUAGGACGCUGAAGGCAAUAGGAUGUGUUCAUCCUGGAAGUGUUCAUCCCUCUCCAUUUAUUGUUGAAGGAGAUGAGAUGAGAUGACUGUUGUGGAAAUGCUCGCUAACUUUAGGCUGCUAAAAUUAGGUCUGACGAGUCAUUCACAUCAUUCUGACUAAUUAAAAGUUUUUAUGAGCUCAUCACAUUUAAUGAAGAAAAAUAGCAUGCUGAUUUUUUUUUUUUCCCUGAAAUUUACUCCAUAUAGUAGUAUCGCUGCAUUAUCUUAAUAUAUUUGCAUUUCUCUUUUGCUAGCACUUGUCUUUGGAUAGAUGUGAUUGCUUUAGGUAAAGGCAAGCAUAUUAACAAGCCUAGGGGGAGGCGGUUAUUCCAAAGCUCAUUAAUUAGCCUAUUUUAUAUGCUGAAUCAUCAGCAGCAUCCAUCUCCAACUGCAGUAGAAAACAGCUUAUUGUAUCCUGGAUCUGAGCACUGGCAGGCUUUGGGGAAACAGUCUAGAAAAUGGGAAGGAAUGUAGAAAAAUGUGUAAGGGACUCGGUACUUAUGUGGUGUCGGAAAAAAUGCCAUCCAGAUUGUAUAAAGUAGAACACAGCCUUCAAGACAUGUGAAGUAAUCCUUCCACACUCCUCUGUCCUUGAAAGAUCUUGGCCGGGUUACUUUAUUCAAUGCUGGGCACCACACUUUGGGAAAGAGAUGGAGCAAUCUGAAGAUAAUCCGGGGAUCUAGAAAACAUCUCAGUGAGGAAGUAGGGAAAGAGCUCAAGGUCUUUCAGUC